AUGUGUGACCAACAGCAGAUUCCGUGUUGCCUGCCACUCCCCAUGUGCUGUGUGAAGGGCUCCUACUAUUACCCCUCGCCGGCCUCCUGUGGCAACAGCCAGGUGGUGGUCCAAGCCCCCUGUGAGAUGCAAAUUGUGGAGUGCCCUGCACCCGGUCCAGUUCAAGUUUCCCAGGCUCCGUGCUCUUCUGAGACCACCCAGGUGAAGGGCCAGUCUAAAACAGCCCCGAUGAAGGGCCAGGCUAAGGGCAUCCUGGUGAAGGGCCAGGCUUCCAGCCAGCCGCAAGCUUCCUAUGGCCAAAGCCAGGCUCCAGGUCAGUCUGGUGUUUCCUACCUGCAGCACGAAGCCCCCGGUGCUACUCAGACCUGCUACGUAGGAGGUGCUCCUGUUUGUUACACAGAAACUUGCUUUGUGGAGUGUCCAGUGCAGACCUUUGUACCAGCUCCCCAGUGUGUCCAGACUUACCUAGCAUGCCCGCCAGUGUGCCAGACUCAGGGAGGAUUCCCCACCCAGGGCCAGUAUCAGGGCGCCUAUGGCAGCUGCGCCUCCCAGUUCCAGUCCCGGACUGCCUACAGCAGCUGUGCCCCUCAAUGCCAGCCCGCGGCACCCUACAGAAGUUGUGCUCCCCGCUUCCAGCCCGCUGCACCCUAUAGCAGCUGUGGCUCCCAGUUCCAGCCCGCUGCACCCUACAGCAGCUGUGGCCCCCAGUUCCAGUCCAGGCCUUCCUACAGCAACUGUGCCCCUCAGUACCAGUCCCGGGGUUCUUACGGCAGCUGCGCCCCGCAGCGUCAGUGCGGGGGCUCGAGUGGGGGCUUCACCACCCAGCGUCGCUCUCGCAGCGCCAGCAGGUGCCUCCCUCCCCGCCAGCAGCAGCCUGCUUACCGCAGCUGUUCCCCACCACGACGUUUUGAGCCCCACUACAACAGCUGCCCUUCGGGUUCCUAUAGCUACUGUACCCCGCCCCGGCGCUCUGAGCCCAUCUAUGGUGGCGGCUGUCCUAGGGGUCCCACUUCAGGCAGCUCCCAGAGAUGUGGACCCAAGUACAGAGUGGAGAUUUCCUCCCCAUGCUGCCCCAGGCAGGUUCCUCCCUUGAAGUGUCGUACUCAGAUUCCUCCCAUGGGUCGCUGCUCCGAGAGCUGUGCCCCACGACCCUCCUGGGGCGGCUCUUGCCCGGACCUGAAGCCUUGUGUAGAGCCACGUCCACUUCCGAGCUUCUGCCCGUCCCGGCGUCUGGACCGCUACCCAGAGCCAUCACCGCUGCGCUGUCCACUUCCGGCUCCGCGUCCUUACUCACGCCCGGAGCCGUGCUCGAGUCCAGAGCCCUAUCCGUGUCCCCCACCUCGGCGACUUUCAGAACCCAGUCUGUGUCCAGAGCCGCGUCCGGCCCCUCGUCAGGCCCCACGCCCGGCCCCGCGCCAGGCCCCGCGGCCUUGUCCUGCACAGUGCGAGCCUCCAGUGCCACGCCCCCGUGAGCGCCGGGAAUCUCACUCGUUUCCAGAGCCAAUUCCCCUGCCGGCGCCCUGCUCAAGCCCAGAGCCCUGUGUGGAACCUCGACGCUGCUCCAGUCCCUGCUCCAGCCCAAACCGGAUCCAAUGCCCAGGAGAUUUAGGCUGCCACGAGUCCAGUCCACGCCACCUGGACACUGAGGUCCCCAGCUGUGGCCCGGCUGGUUACCACCACUGGGAAGAGAGUGGGAGCUGUGGCCCUUGUGAUGUCUUUCCAGAGCCCCGGGGCCUGGGUGGCUGUGGAGACCAAGGAGGUGGCUCUGCUGGAGUCAAAGCUGGGGACCAUGGUGGUAUAAAAGGUGCCUAUUUUUAA